GCAAUUAGUAUUAUAGACGACUGGUCAUUUAAAUGGGGAUUUAAAAUUUCUAUAGACAAAACAAAGACUUUAUUUUUUACAAGGAAGAAAGCAUCUGAAAAUUUAAAACUGCAAAUAUAUAAUCAUGAAUUAGAAAGGGUAAGGGAAUUUAAGUUUUUGGGUUUAUGGUUGGAUGAAAAACUUACUUGGAAAAAUCAUAUUCAAAAAGUAGUGAAUAAAUGUAAGAGAGUUUUAAAUGUAAUGAGGUGUUUGGUGGGAAGUGAAUGGGGUGCUGAGAGGAAGGCAUUGAAAUCAAUAUAUACUGGGUUAAUAAGGUCUGUAUUUGAUUAUGGAAGUAUUGUAUUUGGGUCAGCAUCAGAAACACUAUUAAAAAAAUUAGAUAGUAUUCAGUAUCAAGCCUUGAGGUUAUGUACAGGAGCAGUUAGAACAACUCCAACGUCAGCUUUCCUAAUAGAAAUGGGAGAGAUGCCACUUAAUCUCAGAAGAUUACAGUUAAAGUCCAAUUAUUGGUGUAAUUUAAAGGGCCAUGAUGGAAAUCAUCCAUGUCAAGACAUUUUAAAAUCUAGUUGGGAAAAAGAAAAGAAGAAAUUAAAUUCUUUUGGAUGGGAGAUAGAAAAUGUUAUAAAAGAUUUUGGUUUAUCUGAUAUAAACAUUAGUCAAACAGUUCCUCUUUCAACAGUUUAUCCGUCUCUAUUUCAUAAUAAUGUUGUUGAUUUAACUUUGUUGGAGAAAAGGAAAGGAGAAAACAUUUCAGAUCCAUAUUUGGUUCAAUCAUAUUUAGAUAGUAAGUACUAUGGAUAUGUCCAAGUUUUUACAGAUGCGUCUAAAAACUCAAAUAGCAGUAAUGGGGUAAUAGUAUGCUCUGAUUCAAGUUCUUCAUUAUAUUCAUUAAAAAAUAAUCAUGCUAUUAGUAGACCGGAUCUUUUAUUAGAAAUUCAGUUAAUAACAUAUAGAAUUCAAGCAAUGGGGUUAUUAGUUAUAUUUACAUGGAUACCAUCACAUAUAGGAAUAAGAGGGAAUGAGUUGGCUGAUAAAUAUGCAAAACAAGCUUCAAAAUAUAGUGAUAUUGAUAUAUUAGUUCCAUUUAGUAGAGAAGAAAUCAAAUCUAUUAUUAAACAAAAGGUUAAGGAAAGAUGGCAGAGACAGUGGGAGGAAGAUAGAACUGGUAGAUGGCUGUACAGUAUUCAAAGAAAAGUUGGUGCAAUGAGGAGAACGGGACAAAAUAGAAAAGAGGAAACAGUUAUAUCUAGGUUGCGUUUUGGACAUACAAGGUUAAACAGUAAUUUAUUUAAAAUAGGAAAACAUCGAACUGGAAGUUGUGAUUUUUGUGGUCAAGAAGAGACAGUAAAACAUGUUUUGUUGUUCUGUACCAAAUAUUCUGAUUAUCUGCUGAAGUAG